AUGUAUGUUUGACUGACCUAGCAACACUCAUAGAGUGCCUCUAUAAUCUGUGGUCUUUCUUUUGGUAAAAAUCGGGAUCGUGAGAUUCUUGUGAUAUGGCCGGAAAUAAUACCGAAGAAGUAGAGGGGUCCGCGACCACCGAUGUGAAGACCAACAGUUCUGCGGAAGUACCGCCAGAGUUCCUUAUCAAGCACCCCCUACAGAACACUUGGAGCCUUUGGUUUUACGACAACGACAGAAACAAGACAUGGGAAGAGAACCUGAUAGAACUCACCACAUUUGAUACAGUCGAGGACUUUUGGAGACUAUACCAUCACAUAAAGCUACCUUCAGAAUUGCGCCAAGGCCACGACUAUGCGGUGUUCAAACAGGGCAUCCGUCCCAUGUGGGAAGAUGACGCCAACAAGAUGGGAGGCAGGUGGCUUAUCAGUCUUGAGAAGAAACAGCGUAACUCUGACUUGGACCGGUUUUGGUUAGAUGUGGUUCUUUUACUCAUUGGGGAGAAUUUCGAGAAUGCUGAUGAAAUUUGCGGUGCAGUUGUGAAUGUUAGACCUAAACUUGAUAAAAUAGGUGUGUGGACAGCCGAUGCUUCCAAACAGCAUGCUACUAUAGAGAUUGGCAGAAAACUGAAGGAGCAACUCGGAAUCCACGGGAAAAUCGGCUUCCAGGUCCAUAGAGACACUAUGGUCAAACACAGCUCGGCCACCAAGAAUCUGUAUACUGUUUAGUCUGAAUUAUUUGUACUACAUGUAUGGGAUAACUCGUUAUUAUGAAUAACAGGGUAUAAAAGUGGAGCUCUUCUUGUCAUACAAAUCUAUUGAAUAUUUAGUUUAUUUU